UUACAAACGAUUGCAAACGGGGUGAAAUCUCGGGAGCUGACUGAAAGCAAGCAGAGAACAACUAGCGACAGGAUUUACAAACGUGCGUUCAGCAGGCGGCAAAUCUUCAACAGUUCGCAGAAAGGCAGCUCCAUAACUUUAGUUACUUUAAAGUUCUUUAAGGAGGACAAAUAUUUCAUUUGGCUUCUCUUUUCAUAACUUGGAGGGAAGUUUAACGCAGGCUGCACGGCUCGGUACACUCACCUCAGAGCAGAAAGUCAAGUCGGUGGUCGGCAGUUGGUUCUGCAGGAAUGUCGCAUGAAGAGAGACCCAAGUUUUAUCGACAGGACGUCAACAAAACGAUAUGGGAAGUCCCGGAGCGAUACCAAGACCUGUCUCCGGUGGGCUCUGGCGCUUACGGAUCCGUAAGUUCUGCAUAUGAUAUGAAGACUGGUUUGAAGGUAGCUGUCAAGAAGCUCUCUCGGCCAUUUCAGUCCAUCAUCCAUGCCAAGAGAACAUACAGAGAGUUGCGGUUGCUUAAGCACAUGAAACAUGAAAAUGUGAUUGGCCUCCUAGAUGUCUUCACCCCUGCUACGUGUCUGAAGGAAUUCACUGAUGUGUAUCUCGUGACUCACUUAAUGGGGGCAGAUCUCAAUAACAUAGUGAAAUGUCAGAAACUCACAGAUGACCAUGUACAGUUCCUCAUAUACCAGAUCCUCAGAGGGUUAAAGUAUAUCCACUCAGCAGACAUCAUUCAUAGAGAUUUGAAACCUAGCAAUCUGGCAGUGAAUGAAGACUGUGAGCUGAAGAUUUUGGACUUUGGUUUGGCGCGGCACACUGAUGAUGAGAUGACCGGUUAUGUGGCAACCCGCUGGUACCGUGCCCCAGAGAUCAUGCUGAACUGGAUGCACUAUAAUGUGACAGUGGAUAUUUGGUCAGUGGGGUGCAUAAUGGCAGAACUCCUCACUGGAAGAACUCUGUUUCCUGGUACUGAUCACAUUGAUCAGUUGAAGCUAAUCAUGAUGCUCGUCGGAACACCAGGGCCUGAUCUCUUGAUGAAAAUAUCUUCAGAGUCUGCCAGGAACUAUAUCAGCUCCUUGCCACAAAUGCCCAAGAGAAACUUUGCUGAUGUGUUCAUUGGUGCCAACCCACAAGCUGUGGACCUUUUGGAGAAAAUGCUGGUACUGGACACAGACAAGCGGAUAACAGCAGCCGAGGCCCUGGCUCACCCCUACUUCGCUCAGUAUCACGACCCCGACGACGAGCCCGAGGCGGAGCCUUACGACCAGAGCUUUGAGAGUCGCGAGCUGGAGAUCGAAGAGUGGAAACGAUUAACCUAUGAGGAGGUGUGUAGUUUUGAGCCACCUGUCUUUGACGAGGAUGAAAUGGAGUAAUGAGACGUGCAUCGACCCCAGCCUCCGACAGUUUAGAAUGACCCUGAACACAUGCAUUAGGGUUAACUUCACUUGUACCAGUGCCUACCAACCUUAGUCAGUCCUUACUAACGGAGAUACCAUUGCCCUCGAUUAGCUCUUGCAAGGAGAUCAUUACCAGCACAUGGGAAAGAAAGAGUUUGACCAGUUAUCAUUAUUCUUAUUUAUAAACCACUAAUGUUGACGGUCCGUUGCUGGGAAAUGUCAUUUCUUGCUAAAAGCUGAGACAAUUAUAUAUUCUUCAGAUGUUUUUUUCAAAUUUAAGCUUUGAUGACUCAUGACACUGUGACACUGAAAUGCUGAAACACCUGGACCUAUAGCUGUGCUUUUUUGUGCUUAAAAUUUUUCUAUUGAGUAACUUAUGAAUAAGCUUUUGCUGUCUAUCCAUUGAAAAGGAUCAUGCUAGUCUACCACUCACCCUGCCAGACUGUCACAUAUAGCACUGGGAAACAUGUAUUUGUAAAAUAAUUUUUAAUUCAGUUAUUUGCAUGAUUGUUCCUGUAUUUAAAAAGAGAUCACUUUGAAAGGUCAUUCAUAUGUGACAGUAGAUUUUGUUUUUAGAUAUUUGACAAUUUAAGAAUAUGCCUGUUCUGCGGAGCCACUGACUUUUUAGCGCUCAUCAAAUGAAUUUCGCACAUUUUAAUGUUGAUUUUGAUAGGUUAGAUCCUCUGUGAGACUCAUAUAUAUUGUGGUUGCACAGAAAAAUCUGAGCCUCUGCUGUUUAAGGACAGUGCUAUUCAACAAGGCACCUAAAUAGGAAAAAAAAAUGCACAUGCGUCCAUGCUCUGCUCAAAAGUAUGUAAAUAUCUGUGCCAUAUUUUUUAAAUCUGACUUAUUGUUAUGUUAUGAAUCAAUCACUUUUAUUAUGGACAUCAGUUCAACAAUUUGUAUGCGUUUGUGAGAGUGUGUUGUUGGUUUACAGGAAUUUUAAGUGUCAUGCUAAAGCCUCUAAUAGAAAUACUGCUUAAAUGUGCAAAAGAGGGAUUUUAGAUGUAUUUAUACUUUGCAGAGGUGGUAUUUAUAAGCAACAAUCAAAUCAUCCCUUAAACUAUUUUCAGUCCUGCAGAGUAACUACUAUCUUCAGUCCUUUGUUUAACAAAAUAAAGACUUAUUUUUCAGAGA